UAUAGAGGGUGGGUGAAAGUGAGAAAAGGAGAAGGAGAACAAGGUGAAGGGAGGGGGGGGGGCAUUCUAUCGGGGAGACGCUCGCGAACCCCCUCGUAUGUUGGCCCCCGCGACGAGAGCAGCGUUACGCUCGGCUAGCACGACGGGGCACCUCGUGAGAAUUCGGGUGUCAGGGGUGCUUCCGUAGUAGCGGCGGUGGUCGGUGAUGUGAGUGGUGGCGGUGGCCCGGUGGUAGCGGUGGUAGUGUCGUCGCUAGUGGUAGUGGUGCGGUUACAGUCGAUACGACGUGGCGGAGGCACCGAGGAACUUCUCGUCGGGAAACGACGCGAGUGAUGCACGUUGGUGGAACGUAGAUUUACGUAAGAACGGCGACGACAACAGCGACGAGAGCCUGUCCGCCUGCUCGUCUGCCUAGUAGUGACGUCGUAUGUGCUGGUCGCGUGUGCGCACGUGUGACGCCGCCAAUGGAUACUCGACGAAGUACCUGAUCGAAAAUCCGAGGGGACGUCCUCGGUGGUUUGGGCUCGUCGAACGGAGCGCGCGCUGCUCGGAGAGCGAGGGCGAAGGAACGCAGCGAGUACGCGAGUACCGCGAAGGGUGCUGGGGAAAGGACUCGCGAAUGGAUGAGACAGAUCCGUUCAAUUCCAAUUUCUCUGAUAGUUGGCCGCGGCGCGCAGGGAGGACUUCGAAAAACGGGUGGCUCCGUAAAAUAAAUUUCAAAGUGCGCGAGAGGAGCAGCAGCAAGUAAAAGGAGUAUCGGGCGUAAGGAAGAGAACGCUAGGGUGGAAGGUGUAGACAAAAGGGGAGGAAACGAGAGAAAGAGAUACGAGUGAACCUGGAAGGAAGGAGGAUGGGCGUAAGAUCAGUCCCGAGAGAUUUUCCCGUGGCGGGAAACGCUUUUCGGCCGUUGUUGAGACGACGCGAAUCCCGUGCGUCGUCGGGAAAGCAAGUGUCACGACACAGAGAGAGGAAAAGAGAAAGAGGAGUCGAGUUGUGGAACGUCAAAAGUUUGCUACGACGACGGCGGCAGCGACGACGACGACGACGACGACGACGACGACGACGACAAUAACGAUCCAUCAUGGGGGUCUCGGUGUUCCUGCUGUACGCGGUGACGGUACUUGGCGUGGCAGCCAACGGCGACAAUUGCGCUGACAAGUGUUCGUGUAAAUGGAAAAGUGGGAAGCGCACGGUGGAGUGCGUGAAUCGCGACCUGACUAGCAUACCGGAAUGGAUCGAUCCGGAGACCCAGGUGUUGGACAUGAGCGGCAAUAACAUCAGCCACCUGCCGAACCAAAUUUUUAUACGCGUGCGGCUGAUGAAUCUGCAGCGUCUCUAUCUGCGUGAGAGUCGUAUCAGUCGGAUCGACAACCAGGCUCUGGACGGCCUGACAAAUCUCGUGGAGCUCGAUCUCAGCAACAAUCUGCUGGUCACAGUGCCGAGCCUGAGCUUCAGCCACACGCCAUUUCUGCGCGACCUGGUGCUCGCGUACAACCCGCUCAAGCGGAUCCGCUCGCACACGUUCAAGAAUACGCCGAAUCUGGUGAAGCUCGAUCUGUCGCACACGCAGCUCGUCGAGAUCGAGGCGAAGGGCUUCCGUGGACUGGAAAUGCUCGAGAGUCUCAAGCUGAACAACAACGAACUGUCCACCCUGCACCCGGGCACCUUCGAGUCGCUCAGCAAAAUCACCAGCAUCGAGCUGCACGAAAAUCCGUGGAUCUGCGAUUGCCAUCUACGCGAAAUGAAGAUGUGGCUGGUGAAGCAUAACCUGCCGACCAUCGUGGCGCCCGUGUGCCACGGGCCGCAGCAGUUGGUUGAUCGUGCCUUCACCGAUCUCGGUAUCGACGACUUCGCCUGCCGACCGAUCCUGCUCAUAGCCAGCCGUUACGCCGAGGCUACCAUCGGCGAAAACGCCAGCAUCGUCUGUCGCGUGAGCGCGGUACCACCCGCGAAAGUCAAGUGGUACUGGAACGGCCGGCUGUUGACAAAUCACUCAGCCUUCAGCAGCUAUCAGAAGAUCCUCAUUUUCGAGGAGGGCCAGUACAGAAAACGGAGCACUCUUAUCCUCACCAACGCCCAAGAGGCGGACUCCAGUGAGUUCUACUGCGUCGCCGAGAACCCCGCUGGCUGCGUCGAGGCGAAUUUCACCCUGCACGUGUCCCUGAGAACGGCAGGCAUGUCGACCCUAGGCUCGGGUCAGAUCGCGGGCAUAUCCGCUGCGUUGGUGGUGCUCAUACUUUUCAUCCUGCUUAUCAUCCUCGUGCUAUUCAUUCGCUUGCGUAGAAUGCCGCUGAAGGACAUGAAAUCCUCGGUACCGAUGGAAGCGGCGUCCAGCGAUGGUGUCGGCGGCGGCGGCGGCGGCGGCGGCGGUGGCAGUGGCGGCGGCGGUGGUGGUGACAACAACCCGCCGUCCGCGACCUCGACCACUCGCAGAAAACACGAGGAGAUCGAGACGACGUCGUUCGCGGAAUCGAAGCCGCCCGCGUCGCUGCAUUUGAGCUACGUGCAGAGACCGCACGCGGCCGUGGUGCAGGAGAGCGAGUACAGCACGAUCAGCCGUUUCGACGACCAGAAUCAGCCCGCGGUGGCGGCGAUGCCGAGCGCCGGGUGCUUCUCGUCGACGACGUCCUUGAUGCCGAUCGAUAAUCCGGAUCUCAUCAGGGACACUCGGCGCGGUUCCACCGAGGACAUCACGCCUUACGGCGUCGCCGAUUACGGCCGCGUCGAGGCGUUGGACGACGCCGGCAAGAUGCUCUACACCAGCUGCCUGUGGGAGGCCAGGGACACCUGCGGGAGGACGUCUGCCGUUUCGGCGAGCGCGUAUCCAUCGAAAGAGCAACUCGCGGUGGUCGCGCCGGUCGUCGAGCAAUUCCCGUCCGGCGCGAAGCAGAUGAGAGUCUGGCAGAAGGGCGUCCCGGUGCUGCCGCCGGUCUCGGCGCUCAAACGCGUCCUGGGAUCCACGCGCAGUUCACCCGACGAGGGUUAUCAGGAGGGCACCGGCACCGACGUCUAGGUACCGCUACUUCAUUACUGCGACGCCCGGCACCGUUAUCUGGAGCUACGUAGGAGACACCAGGAGGACAACACCGAUUGCUAAGGAAGGAAUAAAGGGGAAGGAAAGAAAAGAAAAAAAGAAUCGUCGUCCUCGCGAGUGCCGGACGGGCGGUAGUGAACAGUAUGAAAGAAUGUGUCGGACGAAUCUCACGUUUAAGUGUGAUCGCGUCAGUGCGAUGAUGACCGAUGAUAACGCGCCAUUAUUGUUGCGCUCGGACUACUUGGACUACUUCGCUCGAUGGACAAAAACGUUACGCUCGCGAUCGCGUUUGCGUAUAGUGAUCGAGGAUUACGGUAUUAUACCGUAAUCGCGUCUAAUUAAGAUAUCAUGCAAGUCGGCAAGUGCGACGAUACCCUGCAAUCGGGAAGGUACGGUACAGUUGUAAUCCGUGUAAUUUACACGGAGCCAUAGACACGAGUAACGCACAGCCCACCCCUAAAGACUGCCAUAACUAAAGUACACGAAUCGAAUAUCGCUAGGCAUAUGCAAGGAGCUUUCGCGAGGUCGAUGAACGGUCGCGAAUCGUUAGAGACUGACAUCAUGACCAUCCAUGAUCGUGUAUAAUACUUCGCUACGUUUCAUUCGACGCGAAUGAGCUGACUCACACUGGUUGACUGUAUUAAAGGUCAUCGCGUGCGAUUCUCGAGCCGUAGGCAAAAACGACGACUGGGCUCUCUCGCCAGAGCCCAUGCUCGUCGCAACAAACGUCUGCGUUUGUAGUGGUGCGAUUCUUCGACGGCAAUUAAUAAUAUACAGUUAGAGAUGCCUUGUGCGCGGUACAUGUGAUGCGACCAGUUGGCAGACGUUUGAUUUCCAUUUGUACGUGUCGAGGAUUGCCUCCAGUGUUCAAUAUCGACGAUGUUAACUUGUACAGGAUGUCCCGAGAAAAUGGUCAAUGUUCGAAAAAUGACAAUGUCUCUCAAGCUUACCCCGAAUAACAGACGGUUAGCUCAUGGAAGAGUUUGCAUUUAAAAAUAUGUAGAUGUAGUGAUCGGUAAGAAGAUUUUUAUCAUUAUCUUCGAAUGUGUGAAAAUUAUACGUAUCUUUAAUUUUGCAUUAAUCUCUCGAAAAUUUUAACCGCAAGCUCGACGAGAAUCUAAAUUUAGAUAUAGGUUAAUUAAAAUUCUCUUAUUCUCAAUUCGUCAUGAUUGACACUAUUAUCUUUCAAAAUAUUGGCCUUUCUCCUGGAAACAUUCUGUGUAACGCAGCAAUGGAAGAUCAGUCGAUCGCAUUAAACGGAAGGCGAUGUCUCGCCCACAUGCGGAAAUGCAUACGGAAAGUGCAUACACACGACGUGCACCAAGUCAGGGACGAGGAAGUGACGACGCUACGCCGGCCACGUCAGUGUCUGGGCGAUCGUGCAACACAAUAUCGACGGGUAAUACAUUUAUAACGGCUAAGCCAAAUCGGGAGUUUGGGUCAGAUAAGAGGCUAAAAAUCUCCCGAAUAAAAAUUAGGUGACUCUUCUUGAGACGAUAACGGGGAGAGAGCGGAAGACAGCAGUGCACGUUUCCGAUAACGGGGACGACACGUAGAAUUGUAUAGGAAACGAGAAACGACGCUUAUAAGCUACGAAGUAUUUCUCGCAAAUUUUUUCUAGUCAAUUCGAGGAAAGAGAAAGAGAAAGAACGGGA